AUGAACAGACAAGUCUGCAAGACAUCUGGUGGCGGGAGCCAGGGCUUCUCCGGCCGCUCUGCUGUGGUCUCUGGCAACAGCAGGAUGAGCUGUGUGGCCCGCUCUGGGGGAGCCAGUGGAGGGGCCUGUGGGUUCCGGAGUGGGGCAGGUGGCUUUGGCAGUCGCAGCCUCUACAACCUGGGUGGCAACAAGAGCAUCUCCAUCAGCGUGGCAGCUGGAGGCCUUGGUGGAGGGCGUAGCAGCUGUGGCAGUGGCUUUGGGGGCAGCUAUGGAGGUGGCUUUGGUGGUGGCUAUGGAGGUGGCUUUGGUGGUAGCUUUGGUGGUGGCAGAGGAAUGGGAGGUGGCUUUGGGGGAGCUGGUGGCUUUGGGGGAGCUGGUGGCUUUGGAGGGGCUGGUAGCUUUGGUGGGCUUGGUGGAUUUGGCCCUGGUGGUUUUGGUCCUGGUGGCUUCCCUGGGGGAAUCCAGGAAGUGACUGUCAAUCAGAGCCUCCUGCAGCCUCUCAAUGUGGAGAUCGACCCCCAGAUUGGGCAAGUAAAGGCCCAGGAGAGGGAGCAGAUCAAGACACUCAACAACAAGUUUGCUUCCUUCAUCGACAAGGUGCGAUUCCUGGAGCAACAGAACAAGGUCCUGGAGACCAAGUGGAACCUGCUUCAGCAGCAGGGCACAAAUUCCAUCACAGGCACCAACAACCUUGAGCCUCUUUUUGAGAACCACAUCAACCACCUACGGAGCUACCUGGACAGCAUCCUUGGAGAGAGAGGCCGCCUGGACUCAGAGCUGAGGAACAUGCAGGACCUGGUGGAGGACUUCAAGAGGAAAUAUGAGGAUGAAAUCAAUAAACGUACAGCUGCUGAGAAUGAAUUUGUGACCCUGAAGAAGGAUGUGGAUGCUGCCUACAUGAACAAGGUGGAGCUUCAGGCCAGGGUGGACACCCUGAUGGAUGAGAUCAACUUCAUGCGGACCCUCUAUGAUGCGAGCCACAUAAGCGACACAUCUGUGGUGCUGUCCAUGGACAACAACCGCAACCUGGACCUGGACAGCAUCAUUGCUGAGGUCAAGGCCCAGUAUGAGGAUAUCGCCCAGAGGAGCAAGGCCGAGGCUGAGGCACUGUACCAGACCAAGUUGGGAGAGCUGCAGACCACAGCCGGCAGACAUGGGGAUGACCUGAGGAGUACCAAGAGUGAGAUCACGGAGCUCAACAGAAUGAUCCAGAGGCUGCGGGCUGAGAUUGAGAAUGUCAAGAAGCAGAAUGGCAACCUGCAGACAGCCAUCGCGGAAGCUGAGCAGCGUGGGGAGAUGGCACUCAAGGAUGCUAAUGCCAAACUCCAAGAGCUGAAGGCUGCCCUACAGCAGGCCAAGGAUGACCUGGCCCGCCUGCUGCGUGACUACCAAGAGCUGAUGAAUGUCAAGCUGGCUCUGGAUGUGGAGAUUGCCACCUACAGGAAGCUGCUGGAGGGCGAGGAAUGCAGGAUGUCUGGAGAGUGCCAGAAGUGCUCGGUUGUCAGCAAUGUCACCAGCACAAGCAGCAGCUCCAGUGGUGGCCGUGGAGACUUCAGAGGGGUCAGUGGCAGCAGCACCAGUGGCUACAGAGCUGGCAGCGGCAGCAGCAGCAGAGGCAGCAGUGGCUACUCAGGUGGCAGCAGGGGGGGCAGGGGCAGCAGUGGGGACUACCAGAGCGGCAGCAGUGGGGGCUACCAGAGUGGCAGCAGGGGGGGCAGGGGCAGCAGUGGGGACUACCAGAGCGGCAGCAGUGGGGGCUACCAGAGUGGCAACAGGCUUGGCAGUGGAGGCAGCAGCCCUGUGAGCCAGAGUGGACUAGGCUCCAGCUCUGGCGGCAUCCAGACCUCUGGAGGAAGUAGCUAUAAGUCUGGCAGUGGAGGCAGCACCAGUGUCCGCUUCUCCCAGACCACCAGCUCCAGCCAGCACUGCUCCAAGUGA